AUGUUCGGCUGCACGCGCGCGGCCCCCCGCCACCGCCUCUUCCACCCUGUCCGGCAGAACGUCCCCUUCCACUUCAACCCCGCCAAGACGGUCUUCCCGCUGAUCUACGAAAACCGCCUCCUCGCCAGGCCGCGGUGCAGCUGGGAGGACUACGCGGGGCGCCGCGCCUUCGACGAGGACCACCCCCUCCCCGUCCUGGGGACCCGGCUCGCCGAGCUGACGACGACGCACCGGUGGUCGCACUGGGACCACUACCUCAACCCGCAGAUCACCCAGAGCGAGCGCGACCUGACGCCCACGCCGGAGUUCGUCGGCCCCCGCACCGGGCACCUGAUCCCGACGAUGGGCUGGAGGAAGAUCGGGGGGAGCUGGAAGUACGCGCGGGCCUACAACAACGCCCGGAAGGGCCCCGCCAAGGGGCAGUGGCAGGAGCGAAAGAUGACCCCGCGCUUCAUGCUGGCCCCGCGGGUGUCGCCGGGGGGGCCGCGAAACCGCUACGAGGGAAAGGCCACCUUCUCGCGUCUCCUGCUCAGCAAAAUUCUCUGGGCGGUCGACAGCGGGCGGCUCAACCCCAACGAGGUCAUCACGCUCUUUCACCUGCGGCAGGCGCACGUCAUCGGGGGGUUUGAGAUUUACUGGCCCGGGAUGGUGUUGCUUGCCGGAGACGUCGAGAGGGUGCCGUACCCACUCAACAUUGAGUUGCAAAACGCGUCUACCAAGACGAUCAAACUGCUUGAGGAGGCCGGGGGCUCGUUUACCUGCGUGUAUAUGACGCAUGAGGGUCUAUAUCAGGAGCUGCAUCCGGAGGAGUUUCCCACCUUUACCGAUCAAGAGCUGCCGGAGAAAAAGGGGAUGGAGAGUUUCGCUACGAACCCGAGCAAGCGCGGGUGGCUCUCACAAUGGUAUGAGGACGAGAACAAGUAUGCGCAUCCCGACGCGGGUCGCCGGCAUUCUCACUACGUCCGCCCCCCAACGGACAGGGACUUUCCAUCCACCGUGGAUGAGUACGAGAUGGUAAAGCACCAUCAAAAAUGGCACCUGAAUCAGCCCGCCACCGGGACCGUGCUCCCGUGGCAUUCGUACAAUACCACCGAUCUUAUCAAAAGGUCAACGGGUAAAAUCUAA